AUGCAUGACAAAAUGCGCCACCCCGAUGAAGUAACCGCCACCCCGACGUCGUCUUCUUCCUCCAAUAAUCAGAAGAAGUUGGAGGACGAUUUCGACACGUUCAUCGCUUUGAAAGCCGCCGAUCUGGCGAGGCCGCUGAGGGAGGCGCAGAUUCCCUACAAGAUCCACAUCGUGAAGGAUCACGACAUGAAGGAGAGGCUGAGCCUCGAGGUCGAGAGGCUCGGACUCAGUGCUGUCAUCAUGGGAAGCAGGGGAUUCGGCUCCGUUCACCGCGGCAACGAUGACGGCGGCGUCAGCGAUUACUGCGUCCACCACUGCAUCUGUCCCAUCGUCAUCGUCUGCUAUCCCAAAGAUAAGGAUGCCGUCGCUGAAGCUGUCCUCACCAUCAAGGAAGGGGAGGAGGACGAUGAGGCUGUGAUCAAGACUGUCCCCAUUGAAGGUGUCCAUGAGAAAGGUUAA